UUGUGCGGGCGGCGGCCGGGGCGGGGGCGCGGAGCCCGGGAUGGGCCCCAGCGGGGCGGGGGACGCUGCGCGGGCCCGACUGCUGGCCCCGCGCGGGUGCAGCUUCCUCUCGCAGGCCGGCGGGCACGCACCCCUCGGCUCUGGGACGCACCUGGCCACCCUCGGCCCUGCCCUGCCGGAGGUGGAGGCCACGGCCCUGUCCCGAGCCGGGUGCGGAGAUGCGUGGCUCCAGCCCGAGCCGCGUUCUCCCGGAGCCCUCCCCGUGGUGUCGGCGAUCCGGGGCCUAGCGCGGCGUCCGGGCUGCCGGUGCGGCCACACGGUUUAAACACAGCGCCCUUUCCGAGGCAGCGCCACUUCCACACCUCUCGCCGAGGCGGGUCUGGUGUGGGCUCUUCUGUGCCUCCCAGUUCUCAGCAGGGCUUCAGGCUUGUUUUAACGCUGCCGGGGUUGGCCACGUUAGGCUAAGCCUCAGACUCGGAGCAGAGAGGAAGAAGCCUGGGCCCUGAUGCUGCAGACUCAGGGCCUUCCUCGACUUCUCUUCUUACCUGGCCCCCACGCUCCACGUUUGAGGCUGGGGAUUCCGUGGCACCUGUGGGCAUUGAGCCUUGGCGGUUUCUCGGAGCCACCUGUGCAGCUGCACCAGCCAGGGUCCUUACCCGGAUGGGAGCCCUGUUCCCGUCACCAGCGGCUGCAGUUUCUGGUGGGAGAGAGGAGCCGAGGCAGUGUCAGGCGGCGUCAGACCAAAUACACGCUGAUCGAUGAGCAGGACAUCCCGCUGGUGGAGAGCUACUCCUUUGAGGCCCGAAUGGAAGUGGACGCAGAUGGAAAUGGUGCUAAGAUAUUUGCCUAUGCCUUUGACAAGAACCGAGGAAGGGGCUCUGGGAGACUCCUUCAUGAGCUGCUGUGGGAGCGGCACCGGGGGGGCGUGGCCCCGGGCUUCCAGGUGGUGCACCUCAAUGCUGUGACCGUGGACAAUCGCCUGGACAACCUGCAACUGGUGCCGUGGGGCUGGCGACCCAAGGCUGAAGAGACCUCUAGCAAACAGAGGGAGCAAAGCUUGUAUUGGCUUGCAAUUCAGCAGCUGCCUACAGACCCUAUAGAAGAACAGUUUCCUGUCCUGAAUGUGACCCGGUACUAUAAUGCCAACGGGGAUGUAGUGGAAGAGGAGGAGAAUUCUUGCACCUACUACGAGUGCCACUACCCUCCCUGCACAGUGAUUGAGAAGCAGCUCCGGGAGUUCAACAUCUGUGGACGCUGCCAGGUGGCCCGGUACUGCGGCUCCCAGUGCCAGCAGAAGGACUGGCCAGCCCACAAGAAGCACUGUCGGGAGAGGAAGCGUCCCUUCCAGCAUGAGCUUGAGCCAGAGCGAUGACGGGCAGGGGAGCCGCACACACUCACAGCCUCCGGGCUCUACCCUGGGCACAGCAGAGACAGACUGGUGGUUGAACCUGGAGGUGCCAAAAAAGCCAGCUGUGGGCCCAGGACAGCUGCCGUGAGACUCCCGAUGUCACAGGCAGUCUGUGUGGUUACAGCGCCCCUCAGUGUUCAUCUCCAGCAGAGACAACGGAGGAGGCUCCCACCAGGACGGUUCUCAUUAUUUAUAUGUUAAUAUGUUUGUAAACUCAUGUACAGUUUUUUUUGGGGGGAGGCAAUGGGAAGGGUAGAAAUUACAAAUAGAAUCAUUUGCUGUAAUCCUCAAAUGGCAAACGGUCAGGCCACGUGACUAAAAACUAUCCUGUAGCCGAAGCUUCUCCCCUGGGCCGCGGGAGCCCCAUGGAGCGCAGCCUGCACAGGCGUUGUGUCCACAAAGGCAAAGUAAAGGGGUGGAAUCAUCCA